GCAGGCGCUGAGGAUAUGGCGCUGACUUCCGGGUGCGGAGCGCAGCGCAGCGCGCCGAGCGGAAAGGAAAGGCUGGGGAACCGGGAUCGUCCCAGAGCGGCGGCGGCCCGGGGCAUCGCGCCGAGCCUUGCCCAGCCGGGGGCUGCUCCUCGCAUCCGGGGCCCGGCCGCGGGAUCGAUCUAAUCUGCGACCCGGGGCUCAGCUCCACCCCGCCGGGCUUCCGGAGCCUGCACCGGGCCGGAGGGGGACCUUCAGCCGCUGUGUGACCGGGAAGGAAGUCACUGAUUUCGGCCCCUCUUUGUUCUCACUCUCCUCCCUCCGCAGCAAUGAACCCCUUCAACUGCUCGGACUGCGGGAAGCAGUUUAAACGGUCCAGCGACCUGACGAAGCACCAUCGGACACACACCGGGGAGAGGCCGUUCACCUGCCCCCACUGUGGUAAGGGGUUCAUUGAUUCUUCCAACCUGCAGAGACACCGGCGCAUCCACACCGGGGAGCGGCCGUUCACCUGCCCCCAGUGCGGGGAGGGCUUCACCCAGUCGACCCACCUGAUGAUCCACCAGCGGGUCCACACCGGGGAGAAGCCGUUCACCUGCGCCGAGUGCGGGAAGGGAUUCACGCAGGCAGUGCACCUGGUCACCCACCAGCGGAUGCACUCGGGCGAGAGGCCGUUCACCUGCUCGGAGUGCGGGAAGGGCUUCACCGAGUCCUCGACCUUGCUGAGGCACCAGAGGAUCCACACCGGGGAGAGGCCCUUCAUCUGCUCCGAGUGCGGGAAGGGCUUCAUUUGGUCCUCCAACCUGCUGACCCACCAGCGGAUCCACACCGGCGAGAGGCCGUUCAGCUGCUCCGAGUGCGGGAAGGGGUUCAUCCGGUCGUCCAACCUGCAGAGACACCAGCGAGUCCACACCGGGGAGCGGCCGUUCAUCUGCCCCCAGUGCGGGGAGGGCUUCACCCAGUCGACCCACCUGAUGAUCCACCAGCGGGUCCACACCCUCGAGAAGCCGUUCACCUGCGCCGAGUGCGGGAAGGGCUUCAUUCAGGCUGUCCACCUGAUGACCCACCAGCGGAUCCACACCGGGGAGCGGCCCUUCACCUGCUUGGAGUGCCUCAAGGGCUUCACCGAGCUGUCAACCCUGCUGAGGCACCGGCGGAUUCACACCGGAGAGCGGCCCUACACCUGCCUGGAGUGCGGGAAGGGCUUCACCGAGUCCUCCACCCUGCUGAGGCACCAGCGGAUCCACACGGGGGAGAGGCCCUUCAUCUGCUCCCAGUGCGGGAAGGGCUUCAUCCGCUCGUUCAACCUGGAGAUCCACCAGCGGAUUCACACCGGCGAGAAGCCCUUCACCUGCUCCGACUGUGGGAAAGGGUUCACUCAUUCAUCCAACCUGCUCAGGCACCAGCGUUAAGGGAGCUGGCUGCCGGGUAUUUCGACCUGGCGGUUGAUGGAAAGACCUGGACUCAAGCUGCUUGCUGCCGUUCGGAUUGGAGUGCGGUCCCUAGGUUCCGCUGACGCCAACGGGCCAGCAUCUGGUCUUCUGGAUUUUGGCAGUAUUGUUCGCUCAAGUCGAGAACUCCUCCGACGAGUAUUGAGGGCCCUCCGUCGGUCGGCCCCACCGUAAAUGUUGUGUUGUCGUUGAUGUAUGGAGAGCAAGCUGUUACCCGGGCAACCAGCCCCCCCCCACACCUCCCCC